AGUGACAGCUGGGAACUGCCCCGCACAUACAGGAAGACCCGAGACGGAGCGAGCUGAGUGAGCUAGCAGACACCCACCGAACGCAAACAGAUCAAAAACAAAAAAUCUGCGCUAGUUCAAGCGAGAAGGCAUGGCAGAGCUAGCAAGCUUGGUGCAGCGUCUGGAGGUGGCUGUGGGGCGACUGGAGGCUGUGUCAGGAGGUGGUGGCGGUGCCUUCGCCGGGGGCAGCUCUGGAGUGGUGGCGGCGUAUGUAGAGGCCUAUGAUGAGCUGAUGUCUGGUCCAGUGUCACAGUACAUGUCUCUCAGCCAGCAGAUAGGGGGCGACGUUCAGAAACACGCGGAGAUGAUGAAGAAAGCGUUUGACGCCCAGAAACAGUUCCUGAUCACUGCCUCCCGCUCUCAGAAGCCGUCUGAUGCGGCAAUGUCCUCCCUGCUGGCGCCUGUGUCCAACAUCAUCCAGCAGGUCCAGUCCUUCCGUGAGCAGAACCGCUCCUCGCAGCUGUUUAACCACCUGUCUGCUGUCAGCGAAAGUGUCCCCGCUCUUGGCUGGGUUGCAAUGGCCCCUAAGCCAGGCCCCUAUGUGAAGGAGAUGCAGGACGCUGCCAUGUUCUACACCAAUCGUGUUCUCAAGGAUUACAAGGAAAAGGAUAAGAAGCAUGUGGAUUGGGUGAAGGCCUACCUGUCCAUCUGGACCGAGUUGCAGAACUACAUUAAACAGCACCACACCACAGGCCUCACCUGGAGCAAGACUGGCCCAGUAGCCUCAGCCUCCUCUGUAGCCACUCCCGCUGCUGCAGGUGGGCCUCCUGCACCUCCAGGGCCACCUCCCCCUCCCAUCAACCUGAACCAAUCCUCUGGUGGCGACUCUGGCUCCACCUCCCGGAGUGAACUUUUCGCCUCCAUCAAUAAGGGCGCUGACAUCACCAAGGGACUGAAGCACGUGAGCGAUGACCAGAAGACCCACAAGAACCCAGCACUGAAAACCCAGGGGGGUCCCGUGCGCUCUGGGCCCAAGCCCUUCUCCUCUCCCCGGCCCGCAGGGGGCGCCACCCCUGCCCAGACUUUGCCCCCUGUCCUGGAACUGGAUGGCAAGAAGUGGAGAGUGGAGAACCAGAACGGCGCUCAAGGGCUGGUGAUCAGCGACACAGAGCUGAAGCAGGUUGUCUAUGCCUUCAAGUGCAACAACAGCACCCUGCAGGUCAAGGGCAAGAUCAACUCCAUCACCAUCGAUAACUGUAAGAAGAUGGGUCUGGUGUUCGAUGAUGUCGUCGGGAUCGUAGAGAUAAUCAACUGCAGGGACAUCAAGGUCCAGGUAAUGGGCAAGGUGCCCACCAUCUCCAUCAACAAGACGGAUGGUUGCCAUGUCUACUUGAGUGCCGAUUCACUGCAGUGCGAGAUCGUCAGUGCCAAGAGCUCUGAGAUGAACGUGCUGGUGCCCAAUGAGGGCGGAGAAUUUACUGAGAUCCCUGUACCAGAACAGUUCAAGACUGUGUGGGAUGGCAAAAAGCUUGUCACCACAGCGACCGAGAUUGCAGGAUAAGGCAGCCCGCGAGAGACCGUCCCCCCUCUGCAAAUGCCUACCUGACUGACCAACCCGACCAACUAAUCACAAAGUAGACUUGAGAUGCCAACCUCUCUCUCACAUUCCCUAUCUCCCAGUCACAGCUGCAGCUCCACCUUCCUUCAGCCAAUGAGAGGACUGCUUGCUUUAUCUGGAGCAAUCCUUCAGCCAAUCGCGGGGAGCAGCUUUUCAUUCCAUUCGGUAAACAGGGCUUUAUCCGUGGCCAAUGAGGAAACUCCAGUCUAGUUUUGCCAACAACCAUUAAGGCGUUCUGCUUUUUAAUUUGAACAUUCCAGGCAACUGAAAAAAGACCAAGAUAUUCAGAAUAGCCAAUACAACAAAAAAUGUGUUGUCAUAGCUUGUACCUUUCAGUUUGACUCCUCUAAUAAUUUGGUUAUAAUAUUUGUUUUCCAACAGCCAGUAGUGUGGGGGGGUCACUAUAUGUCUUAUUCCCGUUUCUUUUUUGUGGUCAGGGGGGGCAGGUGCUUAGGGAUGUAGGUGGUUUCUGUUCCAUAUAUGCAAUUCAGCUGUAAAGCACAUGUACAACCCUUCUCCUGUCAUCAAUACUAUCAUUCAAGACGAUGAUGAUAAUAAUAUUCAUAGAGAUGAUUAAAAGAAUUGGUGUCCUCAUCCUCAUUUAGGAAUAAUUAGAGAAAAUAACGAGUUAUGUGCAGGAUCACUGUUCUCUUUUUUAUCA